UCACACAUAGACUUUGACGAAAUGACCUGUGGAUCGGCUAAGAUUCGUCGUCUCCCACUGGGCCAUUCUGAGUGGGUGUGGUACUGGGAAGAGGCAGAUGGCAAAUGGAAACAGUAUAGAAAAUAUGCAGAGCUGGAGACGCGAUAUCUUAGUGGUAAAAAAACAACAAACGUCACUGCUGGGAGCAAACAAUAUGAACUGAAUUUUGCAGAUAUGCUCCUGAAAAAUAUGAGAACUAAAGUUGCAAGACGUGUAAGAAGACGACCGAUGUUUCAGAAUGCCUCUGAACAGUACAGCAGUAUACCAAUUUACUGGGACCCUAAACUGUUGCCUACAGUAGGAUAUGAGAGAAUAAUGUUGGAGACAUCAUCACCAGAAUACUCCACAGUCUUCAGUCUCUUCAACAGGACGAUGGCAGGAUGGAACAUCUUAUCUAUUGAGCGGAUUCAGAAUUUACACUUAUGGAAAUUCUUCAAGUUGCAGAAGGACAACAUGAAGACCAAGGCUGGUAAAGACGUUGAUGAGAGACUACUCUUCCAUGGUACCAACUGCCAAUAUGUGGACGCUAUCUGUCGUGACAACAUCGACUGGAGGAUGUGUGGCAAGAACGGGACUCGCUAUGGAAAAGGAUCCUAUUUCGCCAGAGAUGCAAAGUACUCCAACAGUUACACUGACAAACUUGGACCUAAAUCGAUAUUUGUGUGCCGGGUUCUGGUCGGAGACUUCACCACGGGAGAAAGAACUUUCAAAAAGCCACCACUGAAAGACGAACAAUAUAGGUUUAACAGUUGUGUGGACAACAUUGACCAGCCCGGCAUAUUUGUUAUUUUUGAGAAGAGCCAGAUCUAUCCCGAGUAUCUCAUUCAGUAUCAAAAUCCAAAUGAGGAGAUGUACCUAGAUGUCCCCCAAAUACCACCAAAGCCCCAGACCAAUGUUACCCCCCUACCUCUGACCCAGUCCAAUGCCCUGAUGACUGAGGAAAUGCUUCCAGAGAAUCUAAACCCAAUUAGAAGGGUCGAUGACUGA